GCAGAGUAUUCCCUGCGGUGUAUUUUACAGCACAGCAUUUGACAGCUGGGUCUAGGAGGACGCACAAUGACGGACCAAUACGAUGUCCACCUCGAAAAGAUAAGCCAGAACAAUGGAAGUGGAGUGGACAACCAUGCUUAUGAAAUAGAGGAGAAUGACAUUAAUCACUACAGCAGCAUAAAAAGUGAGACCAAAAAGCCUAAAAAAAGACUGGAACUGGGAUCAUACCUAAGCAAAGUUUCCGGACCAAUCAAUGCCACAGAGAAUUACAUCAAGGCUCAUUCAAAACUCUUCAAAUACAUUGUCCUGGGUGUACUCGGAGCAGGUUAUGUGGCGUACUUCAUUGCGGCAUGUGUCCUGGAUUUCAAGAGGGCUACUGCCCUUGUAGUCCUGACCUGUUUGGCUGUUGCUGCUGUAUCACUGGAACUUUUGAACAAGUACAAGGGGAAAAGCAUCAGUCGCUUUUUCAAGCCCGCCGUCAGAUGGUUUAAAUCAAACUUGAAAUGGAUAAAAUGGGUUUUCAUUUUGGUGGUUGUGGUCUUGCUUGUGGUGUGGCUCGCUUUAGACACAAGCAAGCGUCCUACCCAGCUUAUCUCAUUUGGCGGAGUUUGCGUGUUCAUCAUGCUUAUAUUCCUUUUCUCAGCACACAGGACAAUGGUAUCAUGGAGGCCUGUGUUUUGGGGUCUCGGGAUACAGUUCUGCCUUGGCCUUUUUAUUAUACGAACGGAGCCUGGAUUUAUAGCUUUCGACUGGCUUGGAAAACAAGUGCAGAUAUUUCUCGACUACACCAAAGAAGGUUCAUCGUUCGUUUUUGGCGAUCUGAUUGGAAACAUUUUUGCCUUUCAAGCUUUGCCCAUUGUUAUUUUCUUUAGCAGCGUGAUGUCGGUCCUUUACUACUUGGGGAUUAUGCAGUGGCUCAUUUUGAAGAUCUCGUGGGUUAUGCAGAUAACAAUGGGAACGUCUUCCACAGAGACCUUGAGUGUGGCAGGCAAUAUAUUUGUUGGGCAGACAGAAGCACCGCUGCUGAUCCGCCCCUAUUUGAAGGAUAUGACCAAAUCAGAGAUCCAUGCUGUUAUGACUGGUGGAUUUGCCACAAUUGCGGGCAGUGUUAUGGGGGCAUUCAUCUCAUUUGGGAUUGAUGCAUCUUCCUUGAUAUCAGCCUCUGUGAUGGCUGCUCCGUGUGCUCUGGCAAUCUCUAAGCUUUCUUACCCAGAAACAGAGGAGAGUCGCUUUAAAUCAAAGCAGAACAUCAAAGUGGCUUCUGGUGAUGAGCAGAACAUUUUGGAAGCAGUCAGCAAUGGAGCAUCUGCAUCAAUAGGGCUUGUUGCUAACAUUGCAGCAAAUCUUAUAGCCUUUCUUGCUAUCCUCGGAUUCAUAAAUUCAGCUUUGAAAUGGCUUGGAGGAAUGGUGGGAUAUCCUGAUGUCACAUUUCAGUUAAUUUGCUCUUACGUGUUUAUGCCUGUGGCCUUUAUGAUGGGAGUGACAUACGACGAGAGUUUCGUUGUGGCUAAGCUAAUUGGGACAAAGCUCUUCCUCAAUGAGUUUGUGGCGUAUGAGGAAUUAUCUAAAUUGAAGCAAAACAGGCUCGACGGACUUGCUGAGGUUAUUGGAGAUGAAAGGCAGUGGAUAUCUGUCCGAUCAGAAAUCAUCACCACUUAUGCUCUUUGUGGGUUUGCCAAUUUCAGCUCACUGGGCAUUGUGAUUGGAGGUCUUUCAUCUAUAUGCCCAUUAAGAAGAAAUGACAUCUCAUCUCUGGUGUUUAGAGCCAUGAUCACCGGGACAUGUGUAUCUCUCGUCAAUGCUUGCAUUGCAGGCAUCCUCUUUGUUCCUCCAUUGGACUGUGUGGAGGUUUUUAACGGAUCACCCUUCAAUGCCACACUUUCAGACGUUGCAGAAUGCUGUCAAGAGCUCUUUCAAAGCACCAUAAACAACGGGACCGUCUCAUUUGAAGGAUUCUGGGGCAAUGUAGCAAACGCCACCAUAUUUCUCUCCAAAUGUUGUCAGUGUUGUGGCUUUCCCGAUGUGGAUGUUUGUAUUUAAAGAACAACCCGUAGCAGUCGUAUGCAAACCACAUGCAAAACAUUUCUACAAGUAUUUUCAACCUCUGUUCAGCUUUCCUGUGAGGUUUGUAAGUACAAUUUGCUUGACUCACCAGUCUCUAAUUGGACAAAGUUGUUGUGAAUCACCACAGAAAUUGGCAAUGGGCCACCUGAUCCACUUUGAUGAGUUUAACACUGUCAAAAGUCAUAUUAAAGUACCAAAACAAUAAAAUAUUAACUGAGUGGAUUGACAUAAAAUGCCUUUCUAAAAAACUGUCUUUUUUAAACAGAUAUGAGCUGUUACCAGAAGUCACAGCCAUUAGUACAUCAAAAGCGAAAAGAUUACAGUAUAUUAUUAACUAUGCUGUGCCACUUU